GUUUUUGACUAUAUUUGAACAGGUCUGGGAGAAACAAUACCGUAAAACGUGACCACAACCUCAAGGUUUCUCUGCUUCGUCCAACACACUUCUAAUGGAUCCGAAAUCUUUUCAAACAAUGCGUUUGAGUGGUCUGUUGUGCGACUGCACGAUACAAAUUGUCGAUAAGCAGUUGCCGGUGCACGGUGUAGUGAUGGCGUCACGUUGCGACUACUUUCGAGGUUUGCUGCAGUCGGGGAUGCAAGACGCCAACCGAGUCGAUCUAUCCAACAUGCCGGGUAACUACGACACGAUGAAAUCGAUCGUCGACUUUUGCUACGGCAUAUCAAUCCAAGACAGACUCGACGAGUCGAACAUCGCUCACGUGCUCUGCGCUGCUUCGUAUCUCCAAAUGUCCGGACACAACAACUUGGAGGAGAUCUGUGGAGACAAACUAAAAAAACUAACAAAACACAAACUAACAAGAUGCCUAACCAUUCUGUACAACUGUACUGACAUCGGAGUUGUUGCAGAGAGAGAAGGAGUGACGGAGAAAUGCAUGGAAGCGGCAGUACGUCACUUCAAAUCGUAUGAUGAAGACAAAAGUGGGCCUACCGACAAGCUUUGUAAGUCUCUGAAUUUAGAAAAUCUUCCUAUUCCCUGGAUGAAACAAAUUCUGGAGAAAAUGCAACAAAGUGGAUGUGAUAUGUCGAUGAUUACGUCUGUGUCAACUGUUUGUGCCGGUUCUAUCAUCAGCUAUUACCACAACGGAGGUCAGACGGUAAACAACUCUCUCUAUUCUUACUACUCUUGUCUUCCAUCGGCAGCAAGCCCUAAAACUUUGCUCAAAGCAUUUAAAGCAAUUAUGAGUUACGUUCCUGACGAGGCAUCAGCAUUAUGCCCGUAUGCUGUAGCCCCAAUUUGGUUUGUUAACGCUCUGGAGUUUGUCACCACACAUGCACUGUCAUAUGCUGGUCGUUUGUAUUCUUUGUGUGCUAGCAUAUACAACGAACUUGCAGACAUCGAAGACGAAGACGCAGUUGUUUACCGGUUGAAACCAAACGCAAUAGUAAAACUAAACAAACUCGACGCCGAUCUCUGA